ACGAUGGGCGGGUUCUUCCCUGAGAAGGUUAAGUAGCCCGCAGCUGAGCAGAGCGAGCAUUCCGCACCAGUACCUCCUCUGACUCUCUCACCACCUCUCUGUCUCUGAGUCGCAGGGAAACUCGGACUUUUAUACCAAGGCUAAAUUUAGGGGGCUGGCCGGUGCGCAGCGUCCCCAUCCUGGACGCGCUUCCUUCCCCAAGCCUCGCAUUGGUCUGAUCCGUGCAGCGACGCAAUACUUAUAAGAAAAGCAGCUACUUCCAGGCACACAGCUGCAUAUGAGUGAGGAGCAGCAGCUCAUCGGACGGCAAAAGAAGUAACGCGCUCUGUAGCUUUUUCUGGAGACUCGGCGUACUCUGGUGAUUUCCUUAAAAACAGAUAAAGUGUUUUUCUACUUUUUUAAAUAACGCAUGGAAAUGGCCUUGAGUGGGACCAUUUUACCAUCAAUCUCGACGUUUGCCAACCAAAAGGAGAAAUGUUGGGAAGAUAGGUGGAAGGGCGACAUAAGCAGCGUGUCCAACAUGGACAGCACCUGCCUGGGCAGGAAAGACGAAGAAGACCUGGAUAAGUUCUUGGAUCUUGAGUUUAUUCUGGCUAACACCGCCGUCUCUGACAGUGCGUCGGUGUCCGGGACGGUGGCAGAAUCCUAUCGGCUCCAGGAGUCCGGGGCGUCCGUGUAUCACCACCACCACCAGCAGCGGCACACCGCGAUGCCCCAGCAGCCGGCCAAUUACACCUCUGUCCCAGACAUGAACAGCCCACCGCCGCCCUACAACAGCCUGAUGGCGGAGCUCCUUCGCUCCGACGUGGAUACCAGCUUCCUCCCUGGGAACAGCCCAGGCAUCCAGGGCAGAUUCCUGAUCAGCUCCACGCCUUUCCAGCCCAAUCAGGAUUUAUUCCCUGAGCUUCCGAGCAUUAAAGUGGAGCCAGCCUCUAUGGACGCGUACGGACCUGUUACUGGUCUGGUGCCUCAGAGCUGCACCAAAAUCAAGCAAGAGGGGAACGUCUCCUGCAUGAUGUCAUAUGAGCAGCAGCCUCGGCUGGCCAACUCCCCGCAGGCCGCCGUGGGUAGCAUGACGCCGCCCCUUAGCCCGGAUGACCUGAGGAGCUCCGAGUGUCACCAGCCCCAGAUAUGCAACUCCACCUCGCUGACGUUCCCGCAGAGCUUCCACCCCCACCACCGCUGCGCGCCUGGGGGAUUCCCUCACCCACACAACGGCAUGCAGCUCCCGUUCCCCGGGGCGCACCAUCACCACCAGUUCCCCGGCAUGUUCGAGGAGGACGCGGCCAUGGGCAUGCAGCAGCAGCCAGCGGCCGGCCAGCGCGUCCUGCUAACCCCGCCGUCCUCCCCGCUGGAAAUGAUGGACGCCAAGCCGAAGAGGGGUCGCCGGUCCUGGCCGAGGAAACGGACUGCGACGCACACCUGCACUUUCACCGGCUGUGGGAAGACCUACACCAAGAGCUCCCACCUAAAGGCCCAUCUCAGGACACACACAGGAGAGAAGCCCUACCACUGUAGCUGGGAGGGUUGCGGUUGGAAGUUCGCUCGCUCCGAUGAGCUCACACGUCAUUUCCGGAAGCACACUGGACACAGGCCGUUCCAGUGUCACCUGUGCGAGCGGGCCUUCUCUCGCUCGGAUCACCUGGCCCUGCACAUGAAGAGGCACAUGUGAGGCGGGUCCUGAGGGACAGACCUGGAGGAGACAAGGACUUCUAUGCACCGAUAAAGAGAACUGUAAUAAUCCUGUGACCAGCUAUAGAAGAAUGCUAUGCAAACAUAUAGACGCAGGUUCCUAUAGGAAUGUUAACUAUAGUGGUACCAUAACAGCAUAAACUGCCAUACAGUAUGACGAUGCCACUACUGACUACACUGUAAUACCUAUAGGUUCAUUAUAGGAGCAUUAUAGUGAUUUUUCAUUGGGGCAAAGGGAGCAUCACGGGAAGCCCUCAAAUUAUAUUUUGUAAAAAAAAAAAAAAAAAAAAAAAAAAAAAUUCUAUUUAAAUGUUAUUUUUGAAAGUAAUAAAUCACAAAACAAUGAGGAAAUACAGCCAGAUAGGACAGAAACAGAGCAACUCUGUUCAGACUGAAGUUUUUUAACUAUAAAGUUGGAUAUGUAGCUGGUACUACUUUUGUAUGGAGUGCCGUUAGGCAACAAAUUAAAGGAACAUUCCACUCAACAUGUCAGGCACAUGCCACUGAAGCAACUGGAAACAGACAAUCCCUCAAAGAGUGAUGAUUUUUGUUUUGUAUUUUCCCCAUUAGUGCCUUCUAUAACACAUUAUUACACACAUUACGAGUGCCAUAUUCUCCACUGGCUAGAAGAUAAUCAAAGAUUUAUUAUGUGUGUUAUUUUGUAAGUGUAAACAGCACGUGAAAUAAGCUUUGAGACAAUGUUUUGUUCUAAAACUGCCUUUCAUUCUGUCCUCCCUGAAGGCUUGAAUAGAAUGUGUCUGUGAGUCUGUGUUAUCUACUAGCAUUUGAAGUCAGGGUCUUAGUCUCACAGAAGUGCAUGCCAUCUCAACACCACCUGAUUGACAAAGGGCUACUCAGUCUUUGGCAAAAAAGCCUUGUUUGUUCGUGUCUUGAAGAAAUGUACUGCCUUGUAAAUAGAAUCUUUUUUAUAUAAUGUAAAUAGUUUAUUUUAUUGUACAUAUUAAACUAAAUGACAACAUGA